AUGAAAGACCAUGAUGCUGUAAAUACCAACCCAAAACUUAUGAAGCAUUUAAGAAAUUUGUGGGAGAGACGCAAAGAAUGGGCGUUAGGUUUUCGACGAUUUACGGUAAAUAGAGGACACAAUACAAAUAAUUAUUGCGAGGCUUCUAUACAAAUUUUUAAAGAUAUCGUCCUUCAGAGGUGUAAAGCCUUCAAUAUGUGUGCUUUGGCAGAUUUUAUGCUUAAGACAUUUGAAAUAUAUCACAGAAAAAGACUGCUACAUUUUGCUAAUUCGAGAUCCCGAAAAAUGACACUGGACUCUCAGAAAUUUUUUGAAAAAUCCAAAAAUAUAACAGAAGUCAUACAGGUUGAUGAAAAAAUAUUUAAAGUUCAGAGCGAACAAACAUUAGAGUACUACGUAGUUGAUAGUCUACAAAAUAAAUGA